AUGGAGCAAUCCAUCUCAUCCGAAGAUGGCGCGACUCGGCUGCAUCGUUUGAGAGUCCACAGAGACACCGACGACGAAACCCCCCGAGCUCGGCGUCCGGUGAAGGAAACGCUGGACGCCCGCUCCGAAUAUACGACCAGCCAGGACGAUGGCACGUCCGAGCAUCAUAUUAAUCAAUAUAUCAUUCGGCAGGAAAUUGGGCGGGGAUCGUUCGGGGCUGUUCAUCUGGCUGCUGACCAGUUUGGGAAUGAAUAUGCAGUGAAAGAAUUUUCGAAAUCGCGGUUAAGAAAACGUGCUCAAUCGCAUCUUUUGAGAAGACCCAGAGGACCACAACGCCCUGGGACGGGAUUCAACUCACCUCUUCAUCGACACCCGUCCGAAGACGGUAACGAGAAUGCAAAGAACCCGCUUUAUCUGAUCAAAGAAGAGAUCGCGAUCAUGAAAAAGCUGAACCAUAGUAACCUGGUGUCGCUGAUUGAGGUGUUGGACGAUCCGAAUGAAGACUCACUGUAUAUGGUCAUGGAGAUGUGCAAGAAGGGCGUGGUGAUGAAAAUUGGACUAGGAGAACGGGCUGACCCGUACGACGACGAGCAUUGUCGUUGCUGGUUUCGAGACCUGAUAUUAGGGGUCGAGUAUCUGCAUGCGCAGGGUAUUGUGCAUCGAGAUAUCAAGCCUGAUAAUUGCCUCGUGACAAGUGACGAUGUUCUGAAGGUGGUCGACUUCGGAGUCUCCGAGAUGUUCGAGAAAAAUUCGACCAUGUUCACGGCGAAGUCGGCUGGGUCUCCGGCCUUUCUGCCCCCGGAACUUUGCGUUGUUAAACAUGGCGAUGUUUCGGGAAAAGCUGCUGAUAUUUGGUCCAUGGGAGUCACUCUCUAUUGUCUCCGAUAUGGAAAGCUUCCGUUCGAGCACCAGAGCAUUUUUGAGUUAUAUGCAAGCAUUCGGACGAGCCAGGUGGUCUGCGAAGAAGAGCCCGAUGAGAACUUUAAGGAUUUGAUGAGUCGCAUUCUGGAGAAAGAUCCGGAAAAGCGUAUCAAAAUGAGCGAGUUGCGAGAUCAUCCAUGGGUGACAGCGAACGGCGCAGAUCCGCUGCUGUCUUCUGAAGAGAACACGGCUCAAAUCGUCGAGCCUCCAACCGAGGAAGAAAUGAACCAGGCUAUCACGAAGAACAUGGGCUCUCUGAUGACAUUGAUGAAAGCCGCAAAGAAAUUCAAACGGCUUGUCAACCCUUCCAAAGAAGGACAAUCAUUGACAAGCAUCCUCGGCGACGAAUAUGAAGCACACUUCGUGGAACCACCUAUGGAAAUGGACGAUAGUGAAGACUUCCCCACCGUCGGACUCGACGCAAAUGCUCCUGGCGGCCCCAACACUGGCCUUCGCAAAUUCUUAGGCCGCAACCCCAUGCUAGGUUGUGAGAAUUCCGCCGCCGAAAGCUCAGUAUACAGCGAAGGGAGUUUCUCCUCACGGCCAGAUCACAGUCCAUCCAGCAGCCCCUGGCCAAGCGGCGUCUUCGAGCCCGAACGUAAAGACUCGGGCUCAAUACGCAGCGGUCGAUCAGCAGGCAAAGACUUCACCAAUUCCCAAUCUGCAUCACCCCACCCGGCCCUCUCACGCGCCAGCUCAGCAACAACAAAAAGAAGCAUUGAAGGAACAAGAGGCCACGCACGCGAUCCCCUUGAAGAAGAAUUCCCGUACCUCUUCAUCGGCCCGUCUACAUAUACCGGCACCACAGAACACGACACUAAUGGUGAAGGUGAACCGCCCAACUUCGCCAAGCCUGAUCCCGAAAACACAGACGACGUCGACGUAGUUGCAGAACCAACGCCCAUAGUCAGUGAAUCGCCCGGCGCCGCAGAAUUCGACAUCUACGAAACAGCCUACCGCCGUGAACUUGAGCGUAUCGAAACAAAGACACACCCUGGCACCGGACCCAAGGUUUACCUAAACCGACGAGUGCGCAAUACCCAUGAAGUGUUGAGUUUCGUGAAAGAUAAAGCUUUGGAUCUGCAGAUUGGACAGAAAAAGUUAUUCUCUGCGCUUCCACAGGGUCCGGGCGGAUUUAGUGCUGCUGUCAGUAUGCUUCGAAGUCAGAUGGAUCAGAAGGGAGAGCAGAAGAAAGACCAGGAAUCGCAUGAAGCGGGACUGGAACAGGAGCUGGUGCAAGAACAGGAACAGGAACAGAGAUCUGAAGAGGGAACGACUCCACGGCGCGAGUCAUAUCCGUCAGCCUCAUCUCUGUCCUCACAGGGUCAGUCUGGUCCCGAGCCAUCAUUGAAUGAAGCGACGGGCGUAAAUGUUUCAGAGUCGAGUGCUGGAGGCGAGGACUCGUCGAGACGCUCAUUAGGUCGUGUGCGUGAUAAGUAG